GAAGUCAGUCCAAGGAGACGGAGGUAGUGUUAGGGCUGAUGAGGCAUCUCAGACUGACUGGAAAGCCCUCUGGGUCUCCAAGUACAAUGGGUCCUGUCUUCUUUCAGAAAGUAGGCAAGGCUUGGCCCAGGUUCUUGCUACCUGUCUCUUUGCUGAUCUUGUUUCUGGCUCUAGUGGCUACAGAAGAUCACUUGGUUUCCACUCUGAAGACUCUGUAUGAAGUGGAAGCUCCGUUGUCAAAAAAGCGUAUCCUGCAGACUCAGGGUGAGGGAAAUACUAUAGAGUCUGAGUUCCAAGAUGAACCUGAUUCUGACUCAAGCGAGGAUGAAGGAAGUGAGGAUCUUGGAGAUGAGGAUGAAGGUGAGAAUGCAUCAGAAGAAGAGGAAGAGGAAGAGGAUUCCCCCUUCCAGAAGACUGGAGGUGAGCUCAGCACUCUCCACCUGGACCCCAGGGGAAGGGAAUGCGUGAGUGCACAUAUGUAGACAUAGUGACAAAAAAGGCCACCAAGGGAUACUGAGCAGGAAAUAGAAAGUCAAAAGCAGGCCUGAAAAGGAUAGAUGGAAUCUUGGGUCUUUAACUUGGAGGAUUAAGGCUGGGACAUCAUCCUUCAUCAAAUGUCUGAAGGAUUUCUGUGUACAAGAAAGGGUCAGUCUGCCCAAAGCCAGAAGGCAAAGAUUCUCUCUUGGGAGAGAUUUUCGUGGCAAAGCUGAGCCACAACAUUGCAGAGGGAGGGGAUUCUUGUUCAUGCCUAGUUCUAGAGUUGAGAUUCAUGGGUCAUUUGGCUGUGGGUGGGACAGCAUUGGAAAUCAGCUUUCCUUCAAGGCCCCUUUCUGAAAGGCAUGCUGGAAGAAACUUCCAUCUGCCUCAGACUAUUUCUCAGACUAACAUCUGAGAGGAAACUUAUGAAGGAUUUGCCCCAUUUAAUACUGGUAAGAUAUGGGAACGUGGGAGAGGAUGGGUGAGAGAAGCUGCUACAUUCAACUAGAUAGGUCACUGUCAGAGAUCUGUCAACACCAGAUUUAUCUUCAUCCUCCUAACACCCCCAGAAGUGAAGACCUUAGUGGACAAGUUGGUGGUGUAGCCACAUGAAACUGAGGCCUGAGACCUGGUCCAAGAUCUAGUUCCCAAGUGAAAUCUGGUUGUCAACACAGGCCCUAAGGAUUGGUGGUGUUAGGGCACCAGAAGGGAAGCUGGCUCAAUGAGAAAUCCCAUUCUGACAUCCUUUUCUUUGUACCCUACAGGCCUAUAAAGUUGCUGCCAGGAGCCUUUGCUAAGAAUCUGUUUCUGGUUCUUCUACCCUGUUCUUUGCCCCCACUUUAUUCCUGAGCAACAGCUCUAUCUUCUUAAUAAAUGCAUCUGAGAAAA